CAGAUGACGGUUACCAGGCAACGGCAGACGGUUACCAGGCAACUGCCGCGGAGGUUACAAGCUCCCAGGCGCCGCGGACCCCCCGCUGCGGCAUGGCUGACGAGGAGAACCCCAGACCGCUGGACGUGCGGUGGCACAAAACCGACCUGAGCUACAGGAUCAGCUACUACACCGCAGAUCUCACCCGGGAGGAGGUGGACACGGCCAUCGCAGAUGCUUUCAGUGUGUGGGAGUCCGUUUCCUCGCUGCGCUUCAUCCGAACGUUCGGCCACCCGGACAUCGACCUCUCCUUCGUGUACGGCGAGCACUUCGGCGACGCCGAGCCGUUCGACGGGCCAUCAUCGGGGACAGGCGGCGGGAACCUGGCGCACGCCUUCCCGCCCGACAUCGAGUCCGAGCUCCGGGGAGACGUCCACUUCGACGACGCCGAGAAAUGGACGAUGGACAAGACGGAAGGUAUAAACCUGUUCCAGCUCGCAGUACACGAGAUCGGCCACAGCCUCGGUCUGAGCCACUCCCGUCAGCACAACUCCGUCAUGUACCCAUACUACCUCGGGCUCCGACGUCACUUCCGGUUACACCGGGACGACAUCCGGGACAUCCAGCAGCUGUACGGACCUCCCCGGACGGACACAAUCGACACCCGUUCCGGGUCAGGACCCAGCAGGUACGUGCACCGCUCGGCGUACACGGCGCAGCCCUGCCAGUGCCCGCUGGGGGUGCCGGACCUGGGGGACUCGGGGCCGGCCUACCCCGACCCCCCCGGGAAGAUGCACAUCUGCACGGCGGCAACUGACAUCGACACCAUCGCCCGCAUGGGCACGGAGACCUGGGUCUUCAAAAACAGGUAUUUCUGGCGAGGACCUGACGGGAAGAACGGGCCUUACGUUAUCAGCGACUUUUGGCGGGGACUGUCCGACCACACGAGCCACAUCGACGCCAUAUAUCAGAGGGAGACGGACCAGAAAGUGCUCAUCUUUCAAGGACGUCACUACUGGGUGUUCCACGUGAACAAGCUGGAGAGCGGUCCGCACCUCAUCAUUAACCUGGGCCUGCCCAACUACGUGGACGCCGUGCUGACGUGGGGCGGGAAUACUUACUUCUUCAGGGGAAGGCGUUACUGGUUGUACAAUGAGAAGGAGAGACGACUGGACACGCGGACUCCCAAACCCAUCCGCAGGAUGUGGAAGGGGCUGCCGCAUGACGGCGUGGAUGCUGCAAUUCGGCACGACGACGGAGCGCUGUAUUUCUUCAGCGGAACCCAGGUGUACAGAAUGGACGAACAGGAGUUGGAGGUGACGCGGGGGUACCCCAGGGUAGCGGCCUUGGACUACUUUAGAUGCCCGCCGCCUACAAGCAAAGGCCACAGGGAAUUUCGCUUCCCGGAUCCUUGACGAACAGACAUGCAGCUAGUUCAAGUUUAAGUUCUUUAUUCAUGAUGUAUAGGGAGCCCAUACCUGUUUAUUUAGCCCUUAUUAGGCAAUACAGCAGUUGUCUUAUCUCUGUGUUCAACUUCCAUAUUCUUUCUUAUUGGCAAAUACACAGAGAGCUUCCCUUAAAGAACAGACCCACAGCUAGUUCAAUUUCAAGCUCUUUAUUCAUGUACUGUAUGGUGUAUAGGAUGGCGCCCAUACCUAUAUAUUUAGCCCUUAGGCCAUACAGCAGUUGUCUUAUCUCUGUGUUCAACUUCCAUAUUCUUUCUUAUUAGCAGAUACACAGAAAGUUUCGCCUUCUUGACGGAUAGACCUGCAGCUUGUUCAUUUUCAAGCCUUAUGGUGUAUAGGGUGGCGCCCAUCCCUGUUUAUUUAGCCAUUAGGCCAUACUUCAGGGGCUACUCCACUGCGUUCAACUUCCGUAUUCUUUCGCAUUAGCAAAUGCCAUAUAUAGAUUUUCGAUUCCCGGUGCCUUGACUAACGGACCUGUAGAUAGUUUGGGUUCAAAUUCAUUCCAUUUAUAUGUGCAUGUUCCUAGUGGUGUAUAGGGCGGCGCCCAUUUCCAUUUCCUGGCCCUUGGGCCGCACAGCAUGGAGAAGUCUCUUGUACAUUACCAGAAACCAGAGUAUCACGUUUCAAGCCUCCUUCAAGAACAUAUCAUAUGAUAUGUCUGACAUAUCUC